CAGUGGAGUCCCUCUGGUUAAUAUCACCUACACUUUCACCGUGCAACUUGCACUUACACUCCGGGGGUGGAACACUCUAGGCGGGCUCCAGUAAGCUGUCGCUUCCACGUGGAGAGGGCAAUUCAGGGACAAGAGGUAGGAUGGAGCCUGGCCAGACCCACGUGUUCCACCGAGGUGCGGGUUCCAGCCGCUAGGGGUGGCCGGGGGACUGGGGCUGGGACUCCAGUUACCCUUGUCCCCUGUUGCCCCGUGUUCCAACCUGACACAAGGCGUUUCCAGCCUGGGACCCGACGCUGCUGGAAGGUGUCUCGGAGUUGGGCGGUGGGGUCUGGAGCACAAGGAAACGUCGCUGCGUCUCUCUCCGGGUCUCGGUUUCCCCGUAAAACGCAAGGAAACACACUUGUUAGUCUCUCUGGCCGCCGGGGGCGGAGAGACCAUGGAGUGCUAGGGCGGCCGCGGCCUUCCAGAACGGGGUCACCCCGGUCGCCGGCCCCUGGUCCCCAGACUGGGGCUGUCCCGGACCGGCUGGGGCAAGGCGGCCGCGCGGGGACGCUCGGGAGGCGCCGUCCCGGCCGGAGUGGCCCCGCCGCCCCGCCCUGCUGCGAUAACUUGGGCUCCUCCCCCCCCGUCGUAUUCCUCCCCCUGCCGGUCACAUCUCCGGGAACCGAGCCCAAGCCCUGCCUCCCGGACACACCGACGCUCACGUAGUCCGGUGGCGGCGGCCUCCCCUGCCACCUCCCUCCGGACUCUCCGAUGCUGCUGCGAGCAAGCUGGAGAGGGGGCUUCCCCGCGGCCCAAAAGGGUCCUAGCCUAUUCAUCUAACCCAAUGAUGGCCGUGGACAUCGAGUGCAGAUACAGCUGCAUGGCCCCUUCCUUGCGCAGAGAGAGGUGCGCCUUCCAGAUCUCCCCAAAGCCCAGCAAACCUCUGAGGCCUUGUAUUCAGCUGAGCAGCAAGAAUGAAGCCAGUGGAAUGGUGGCCCCCACCGUCCAGGAGAAAAAGGUGAAGAAGCGAGUAUCCUUCGCAGACAACCAGGGCCUGGCCCUGACAAUGGUCAAAGUGUUCUCAGAAUUCGAUGACCCGUUAGAUAUUCCGUUUAACAUCACUGAACUCCUAGACAACAUCGUGAAUUUGACGACAGCAGAGAGCGAGAGCUUUGUUCUGGAUUUUUCACAGCCCUCGGCCGAUUACUUAGACUUUAGAAAUCGGCUUCAGACCGACCACGUGUGCCUUGAAAACUGCGUCCUGAAGGACAGGGCCAUCGCAGGCACUGUGAAGGUGCAGAACCUCGCCUUUGAGAAGACGGUGAAAAUCAGGAUGACAUUUGACACUUGGAAGAGCUUCACAGACUUUCCCUGCCAGUAUGUGAAGGACACUUAUGCCGGUUCAGACAGGGACACGUUCUCCUUUGACAUUAGCUUACCCGAGAAAAUCCAGUCCUAUGAGAGAAUGGAGUUCGCCGUGUGCUAUGAGUGCAGCGGACAGACAUACUGGGACAGCAACAAAGGCAAAAACUAUCGGAUCAUCCGGGCUGAACUGAAAUCCUCUCAGGGAACAGCUGAGCUACCGAAUGGUCCAGAUUUUGGAAUAUCCUUUGACCAGUUCGGAAGCCCUCGGUGUUCCUAUGGUCUGUUUCCAGAGUGGCCUAGUUAUUUAGGAUACGAAAAGCUAGGGCCCUACUAUUAGUGACUGCAUAUGACAGAGCCUGGCUGAGUGGGUGCAGACAAGCCUAAAAGCAGUCGCCGUGGGAUGGAGAUGGAAGCCAAGAGAAAAGUUGAACUGCCAUUAGGCACAGCUUUUGAAAAGAAAGGAUCCUAUUCACUUUUUUCGUAAACCAGCAAAACCAGCCAGGUUUAGAUCACAGAACCGGUUUCACACUCAGAGUGGAUGUGGUGUGCUGGCUGUUUGGCACCCGUGGCUGUCAUGAGGGGCUGAGCAGGAUGUGCGGGAUAGGGUCUGGACAGGAACCAGGCCUGCAGGCGGUGCUGGCGAAGCUGGAGGAUGAUGUCUUAACAGGGCAACCCGGAGCGUGCCAGGCGGCCCAGAGGAGCCACUCCUCUCCCCUCGGAUGUGGAAAGUCAGUCACCUCAAAGUCACUCCGUCCCCAGCCACCUCCCACUGGAUCCUCGCCGUGCAUCUUCGGGUGUUCUCCACCCGGCCAGGCCCUUCCUGCCUCAUGCUGCUGUUCCACGCCUACACGUCCAUCACACUUUAUCUCUGUGCUUUAUUUUGCAUCUUGUUUGCUUCCACAGUUCAUGUGAUGUUCAGGAAAAGAUAGUAACGGCAAAUGAGCCUGGGACUGAGACAGGCAUUUCCGCUUUCUGACCCCACGUGUAUGUUCCAGCAUGAACACACGCCACUUAUCAACCGUAACUGGCUCCUGUGUGGUGUUACAGAUUGCAGGCUCAUGACAACGCGGGACAGCCACGAAGGGAACACUUCUGGCUUCUCCUCUUGGCUUUUUGGGGAGCUUUCUAAGUACUCCUACUCUGAGUCACGAGACGGCUCAAUUACAAGAUUUGUGUUAACUUGCUCCGCGGGUUUGUGGCAUCUCGUUCUUCACAAAAGGAAUUUAGAAUUGCCUUUCCUGGAGAGUCGUCUUUGAUGCUGUGUGCAGGACAUUUUGAUUUGCAGAUCCAGUAUAUCCUCAAAGACUCCAGAAGAUGUUUUCUUUUAUCUUGACUGUGAUUUUCAAUAUCCAGGACACUUUACGAGGCACCCUGGGAGUUUGAACUUGGGUGUUCUUAUUUAUGGUGUGUGAGUAUGUCAGGGGCUAGGGGAGAAAAACCUCACCAAGUUCUCAUAGUUUAUUUUCCGUGUUUGCCAACUCUGAAAUAUCAGAGAUUAAUUGUUCUCAACCAUAUUGGACUAAAGAAUUAAAAGUCUGUUGGUUCAUACUGUUGUGAGGCUCCUGGAACUGUGAUUUUUCUUGGGCAAGAUUGGUUGUACUUGGGGGUGUUUAAAAAAUAUUUUUCCAUGUGUA